GUAUUGGAAGCAAUAAUAUAUCUGUAUCCACAAGAGUUUUUAAAUUAUGUCGUAUUCCAGUUCAUUAAUACCUAGAUUUAUAGGUUUAUGCCUUGUCUAUCCUAAUGGCAGACAAUUUUUAACCAAUUUUUUAAUCAUUUUUAUUUUUAAAGUACUGAAUCAAGAGUACUACUAUUUAUAAGUUGUAAAAUAGUGCGACGUCAAUUUUUCUAUGGACCAGUUUCAUAGCCUCUUUGCCAUUAAGAGGCUAAGUGUAAUGGAGGGAAAUCAUUGAUGCUGGAGGUGACUUUUAGCAAUCUGUGAUACUCUGAAGUAUCAUCCGUGUAAAAUUGUCUCACCAACUUGACAUUGCUGUAUUAUGAGUAAAGGUGAACUAGACAAUGGUCCACUAAAGCCCAUCUAUUAUACUGCCUGUGGUGCAUUCUCUGGUGUUAUAACAAGAGUAAUUGCCCAACCGCUAGAUGUUUUGAAGAUUCGAUUUCAGUUGCAGUCGGAGCCUAUUCGCAAAAAACAGAUAAAUGGUGUAAGACUGACUUCAUCAAAGUAUACUGGACUAACACAAGCUACAUACUUGAUAGCAAAGGAAGAAGGCCUGACUGCUUUAUGGAAAGGACAUGUUCCUGCGCAAGCAUUAUCUCUUGUAUAUGGAGGUAUACUGUUCGUUACAUUUGAAGGUUUGAAAAAUUUCAGACUUCAAGCUGCCAGAAAUAAAGAGCAGGAUACUGUGACAACCAGUUUGCACUUCAUUUAUGGAGGCUGCGCUGGAAUUGCAGCCACUUUUUCUUGUCACCCUUUGGAUGUUGUCAGGACAAGGUUCGUUGCACAAGGAGAGCCAAAGGUUUACAAAGGAUUGGUCCAAGGUAUUUCUUUGAUGCUAAAGGAAGGAGGAAUUCUAACAUUCUACAAGGGACUUCUCCCCACCGUUAUUGCGAUUUUUCCAAAUUCUGCACUGCAGUUUGGCUUUUAUCAUGUGUUUAGAACAACAUGGAAAAAGUUUUUCAAACAAAAGGGAGAUGAGCCUGGGAAACUCCAAACCCUAUCAUGCGGAGCUUUGGCAGGGGCCUUCAGCAAGAUAUUACUUCUUCCCUUUGACGUCAUCAAAAAACGCCUUCAGGUUCAAGGCUUCGAAGAGGCCAGAAGACCAUUUGGUAGAGUUUCUUCAUACACGGGAAUGGUGAAUUGUUUUGCAAGAAUCGUUAUGGAAGAAGGGAUCACGGGCCUGUUCAAGGGAGCUGGUGCUAGUGUUGUCAAGAUAUGGAGUAUUGUUGUCAUAGCAAACCCAAGUUUAUCAGCAGAAGAUAUCAUCUGGAAGGUGAAUGAGAAUGUUCAACCGAAGUCUUUUGAAAAUCUAAACUCUUUAUCUAAUCCACCCCCGGAAUUAAAUCUGGACCCAAGCCGAGGUUUGGUGGAACAAUUAUUCGAAGGCUGUAUUACCUUAGAAAAAAAAGAAAAAGAUGCACUAACAUCCGCCAGCUUGAACAGUGAUGAAAGCAGCCCCGUCAAAAGGCGGGUUAUUUCAAGCAGUGGAAAGCGCUGGCAAGCCAAAAAUAUCCCAUACGAAAUUGCCGAUGUUGGAUUCAGUGGUCAAAGUAAAGAAAUCUUACGGGAGCAUAUAGAGCGUGUCUUAGAGCAACUGGCCUCCGUUACCUGCUUGACAUUCAGAUCAAAACGAGAUAAUGACAGUCAUUGGCUCCAAUUUUACGAUGGAUACGGCUGCCAUGCUGAUCUUGGUAAAAAAUCAGCUGAAAAAUCGCCCACGCAGAUAUCAACAGGCAAAGGCUGCCUGGCAGAUUCUGUUAUAAUGCAUUUGCUUCUUCAUGGCCUAGGAUUUUUGCACGAGAUGAAUCGUGUCGACCGAGACAACUUUAUUGAUAUUCAUUGGGACAACAUCAAACCAGAAUACCAAGAGAUAUUCCGAAGGCAUUCUUACAAUGGGAUCGAUAUAUUGAGCGGUCAAUAUGAUUAUCAUUCUAUAAUGCACUUCUCCAAAUACACGUAUGGCGAUGGAAAGCAAACUAUGGCUGCAAAAAGUGAUCCUAGCAUGGAUCUCGGAGGGCUGAAGCUCAGCCGCUCUGAUAUAACUAACAUCAAACUAUUUUUUCACUGUUCAAAGUUUGGAUGGCAAGAGUGGGGACCUUGGUCCCCAUGUUCCAAACCCUGUGGAGUAGGAUAUCAUAGAAGAAAAAGAGUAUGUGGAGGAGAACACAAAUUCUGCACCGGCAUGUCUUCUGAGUUCAAAUCAUGUCGAAUUUCGAGAUGCCAUGCCCAGCCUGCUGACACGACAUUUGAAGACGACUGGGGUUACUGGAAGCCACGAAGUAAGAACAACUGCAAUUGGAGAAGAGGCAAAUCAAGAGAGAACACACAGGCUGCCGGUCCAAAACAAGAUCACACAACUGGUUCAGGUAGAUUUGCUGAGGUUAGGCAUGGUCAAGCUUGUCUGAAGGGAGUUAAAGCAACCAUUGUUUCAAAAAGGAUUCCUCCUGCGCCAGGGGAAAGAUGCUUGGCAUUUGUUUACUAUUUAAACGGUGAAGGUGUAGAAUCUUUGGAAGUUCAGUUUCAGGAUCUGACAUCAGGUCGCCCAACGACUUUGUGGCAAAAGAAAGGAGGUAGAAGUAAGGGAUGGGUUCAAGCAGCAGUUAAUCUACCAGGGGUUCCUGUGUCUUACGUGCUGUCUUUGGUGGCCACGGUGGGUGAACCAGACUCUCCCAGCAUUGCUGUCGAUGAUAUUUAUAUUGACAAUGGUAAAUGUCCUGAAGGUUUAGGAGUUUGUGAAGACUUUUCCGAACAGUGUCACAAAUGGUCACUAGCUGGUGAAUGCUACACAAAUCCAAAAUGGAUGCUGCUGAGUUGUUGCAAUGCAUGUUUAGGCAUUCCUGACUGUGUGGACAAAGAAUCAGAUUGUGAAAUGAGAGCUAAGGCUGGAGAAUGCGUUACGCAGAAAAACGAGAUGUGGGGAAAGUGUUGCAAAUCUUGUGAAGCUUGCCUUGAUAAUGACAACAGAUGUUCUGGUUGGGCUGCAGACGGUGAAUGUGAAAGCAACGCUGACUGGAUGUCUGACAAUUGCAGAAAAAGUUGCAAUGUUUGUAGGCAAUAGCCUUGAAACAGUAGUCAUAUAUUAAUUUUUAAAUUAUAUCUUCCUAAUGAUGAGAUAUGUGCUUCUCAGCAAGUUAGUCGGAGAGAGUUUUAAGCCAUGGACAGUUUCUUUAGGGAAAGUUUCUUUAUUACUGGAUACUUAUACGUUUACAGGCCACUGAAGCAAAUUGAAACAGUGAAUAAGGCUUCUAGAUCGAUCAUUUAUAUUGUAACUUUUCAAACAUAUACAAACAUCGAUUCUCAUUUAAAACUUGUUUCUUCAGCUAAAGUAUUCUAGAAUUGAAAGUUUGGAAAUCAGCCGCCAAUUGAAAUCGACCGUCUUCAGCAUCAGUUCUGCCAUAUUAAUAGUUUGCUUAUGUGAUUUUGAGUUCAAAUCUUUAUCCGUGAGUUUUAUUCCAGUUCCGACAUUUUUUAGUAAAUAUUGAUGUAUUUGUACAAAAAAUUUUCUUUUUGUAAUCAGAUGAUUUGCAGUGCUCUGCAAAUGGUGAAAACUUAGAAUUUCAUAUUUGUUGUGGUAUAAAAAAGAAACAGCAACCAUGUAUUCUCUUGUGAAGUUAUGUAUUCCAAAUGAUCCAAAAGACUAUCAAGUAAUUUACA